AUGAAGAAUACAUCAAUAUCCUCAGGUAGUGAAUUUGAUUUAGAGAGCAUUUCCAUGUAUUUCUUGAAGUGCCUUCUAUUCUGUAUGAUCAAUAUUACAUUCAGGAGCAUAAUCAGCAACAGAAAUGCAAUACAUAGGACGAUGACCAUCUGUAACUUAUCCAUGGGGAUCCAAACAAAUAACAAUGAUUUAUUAUGGGUCGUAGAAAUAGUUGGCGUGCUUCUUCCGAUAGUGUCUGCGCCACCCAAAGCUCCUGUUCGUGUUCUUUCCGUUGAUUUCAAUCCACGUCUUACAAAGAGUACAGUAGGCAAAUAG